GGUAACUUCAGCAAUGACUAAUAACUACAGUGUUGUAGUAAAUAUUUACUAUGAUAAAAUAAUCGACCUAAAUAAUAUGGACAAUAUUGGUACUUAGUAAAUAAUAAUAUUCCACUAUUCUUAAGUGUUUAAAAUAGAUUUUGUGACUAGUUCAGUGAUAAUUAAUAUUAUGAAUGCUUCUGGAUAUUCUUCGGAUACUGCAGUGCGUUACAAUAGAAUUCCUUUAUCUCAUGGAAAGGCGUCGUCGGUUCCUUUUGCGACCAUUGAUGGAAAGGUGAUAGGAUCUGAUAACCCAGGCAGUUCUGGGAGUAUGGAUGUAUUGCCCCUGCACCCAAAAUCAUUUGUCGCACUGCAGGAACUGCAGAAUGAAGUCGGUGCGCUGCUCGAAUUCCGCGAUCUCGUCAUCGAGACGUUCCCCAAUCUUCGUUCCAGGAUGUCAGCUGCUAAUUCAGCGAACUCCUCGGCGUCCUCCUCCACGUUGGCGACCGCCAACGGUCAUCACCACUUGCAUCACCAUGGGAUGGCACCCGGUGUCGGUGUUUCAGGGACCACCAACGGACACCUUUCGCAUCAAAGUAGAACCGCCGACUGGGAAUCAGGGACCAGAGUUAGGAGGAGGCCGAUUAAGGAGCAGCAGAAAUGCACGCAGGAGACUAGCGUCAAUGGAGGAAUCCAAGACAGUGGCUUUUCAACUGACGCAGCGUCAACGUCCAGUAAAGAAUCUAGCAGCACGACCCCAUCCGCCACACACAGCACUGGAGUCGUGCACGGACCAGGACCUGGACAAGGUGCCAAUGUUGCCCUCGACGAACUAUGGUCGCUUUUAGACGUUAUUCAUAGAAAAGGCACACGUCUACGGGACGAAGCCCAGCAAUUGCAGCAGCAGCAGGCGUCUUCCUGGACGCCAGGUGACCAGCUUCCUAUACAGGCGAACAACGAACAGAAUGGCCUCCAUUUACUAAAUGGCGGCGCUGAAGCAUCUCGUCUUCGUAUCGCAUUGGACGAAGCUCUGAGACAAAGGGACGCACUUGAUCAAGAAUUACGCAAAUUAAGACUAUCUUCCAAUGAAGAUCAAUAUGAAAAAGACAGACAAGAAGAUGAGAAGAAACUGGAAGAAGAGAUUUCGUCCAGAAUUUUAGAUGACGCUUUAGGGCCAUUGCAACUUCCACUGAAGGUUGAACCACCUGAUAGGAACUGGGUUAAGGCUGUGUUGUUGGAAAAUAGUGCACUGAGCUUGAAAAGACAUUUAUUGAAUGCUUUAGCGAAUAAUAAGACAUUACUGCACCGCUUGGAAAUCUCAGACAGAGCAAGACGAGUGCUUGAAGAUACUAUUGCUAAGUACAGAGAAGAGGUUGAUGAUGUACAUUUUCAGCUGGAGGAAAAGAAUAUCGAACUUGAAGGAACGCGCGCACGGAUUCGCAUUUUAGAGAACAAAACUAUAAACCGCUACAGUAGUUCUACCAACGUAGUCUUGCAUGGAAAGGAUAUCACACACAACGAUGGAUUCAAGCCUAUUUCAAAUUCCAAUCAAGGGCAGUUGAUUGUAGUCAAGACACCAGCAUCACCAUACAGCAGUAGCACCGAAUCGGCUCACGACGUGGAUACAAAUCACAACGGUUUCAAUUCUACAAGUCCUAAACAUAGGCCAAGUAGAAUACCUCUACCUGGUCAUUCCAGGACUGCUUCAACGACUCCGUCCAAGCUGAAUGUUUCUCCAAAUAGAUCACUUAGCAGAGACUCCUGUAGAAGUGCCUCCAGCAUUCCAAUAGCCAAAACACCUCAUACCACUAUGAGGAACUUGAGCUCUCCAGUGCCUAGAUUGAAAAGAGAUUCCUUGACGGGGAGAAUAAGGAAUCAUGAUUCUUUAUCUAGAGUGCGAGAAAAAAACUUAAUUUCUAGCAACAAGAAUGUUUCGACUUUGCACAAGAAUGCAGGUUCCAAUACGCAUUUGGUUAGCGACAAGGUUAGGCAGCAGAAGAUGCCCUUUUGGUCAAACUGGUUUAAAAUGUUGGAUAGCGGUGGGCAAUGA